AAGGUCCCUGUGGUAAAGUUCAGAGUUUUCUUCCUCCGCAACGCUGUAAUGCACAUUUUGAGCGUGUGUGCAAAAUGCUCUCUCUCUUGCAAGAGAGAAACGUCAACAAAGAUUCCGUCCGGUCAGUUUCGUUUCAAAACAGCAAACGGUCGUCGCCGCCUGCAGUUUGGUGCUUCAGUGUCGUUAUCAAAAUUGAUUAUUUGGAUUUUAUUAACGUUACUGUUAACUGUAUUAUUCAAGUUUAAUGUAGUGAUAAUUGUGUAACAUAAAUUUCUCACAAAAAUGUACGAGAUUCUAUCCUGUGCCAAGAACACACAGCUGCACUCGUUUCCGUCGCUGGAUGUCCUUGGAGUCGGAACUCACGCAAACGAUGGCAAGGACAGCAACGAAAGUGUUUGCCAGUUCUUUCCCCGGACGAAGCUGUUCCUUCGCACCAACCGGAACUGGGGCGUUGAGCUGCUACGAAUAAAGGACAUUAACGGAACGCCAACAAUGGCACACGUACAGAAGCGCACAAUAGACAACCUGUACUGUGUGGCCUGUCCGAAAACGGCUAUCGAAGAGGUGGCAGUCGGAAUGACGUCCGGCUCGAUUCGGUUGAUGAAUCUCAAAAAUACAACUGCAGGCCUGAAGCGUUUGGACACGGACCGACUCACCAAUGGAGUCAUUUGUAUGGAUUACAGUGCCAAUGAUGACUUUCUGGCGGCCGUAUAUGAGAACGGAACCGUCAAUCUGUAUGGAACCAAAACCAAUAGCCGCGUGGGAUCAAUGGCGUUUGAUAAGCACACUACCAAGGUUCGAUUUCAUCCGAUGAAACGGUUCCUACUUUCGGUUGCCUCGUACAAGGGAUCUGUCAUGCUGUACGAUACCCAGUCCAAGAAAAUCAUUUUCAAUCAAACUGAGGCCCACUCGGAACCGUGUCGAGAUGUCGCAAUGACCGCCUCCAACUCGGACCUUUUGUUCACAGUGGGCUACGACAAUCUGAUCAACAUAUACGACACCCGGAAGAAACAGUCGGCCACUAAAAUACGCUCCAAUUAUCCAUUCGAAUCACUGGACGUUUCAGAGUGCGGUGGAUACUUUGCCGUCGGUAAUCUCAAGGGACAAAUCUACUGUUACGAUAUCCGGAGUUUGGCAGAACCGUUGAAAACAGCAAAGGCUCACGACAGUAGAGUGAACAGUAUUUCCUUUGUGCCGAAAACGGCAGAAAAAGGAGGACAUCGGGUGAGUUUUGAUCCCAAACAGGUUCCUAGCACCUCGGAGAUAAUGGUUGCAGCGAACUCGUCAUCAAUGACCGCCGAGAGCACCCGUUCCCCAGUUCUCCCCACCAAACCCGAUAGAGAUAGCUUCAUGAACGACAUUGACGCCUUCAUGCAGAGGCGAGAAUCGUUGGAUGUGGCCCGGUUAAGUACCUCGUCCCGGAUGAGCACCGAGUCCCGCACAAGUCUCAAUAUGGCCGGCAACAAUCUGAUGGGUUACUUGGACGAUAUCUCCGACAGUAAUUUAGAGCUGGAUCAGCUGGAGGAAACGCCCGCCGCCGAGGAAAGCUUUGUGAACGUCAAUCGGCUGAUCAAAAGAACCGCCGGUGUCAAGAAGCAGACGUCCGUUGAUCGGACGCAAAAGUCGGCGAUCAAUCUGAAUCUGGAGAACAUCCGAGAGGAACCGGAUAUGGACAGUACCCGGGCGCUGACGGAAAUUUCAACCGAUUCGAAUGUGGAGCCCGGACCAAGACCAGGGAGUGCUGGAAGUGGUACGAAGAGGUCUUCAAUUAGGCGUUCCGUUGACGCGGAGGACAAGGAAAAUCAAGCCAACGCAGUAGAGGCCCGGACUCAACCCAAUCCGAUCCCCGAUGCCACACGCAAGACUCCCACAAGUUCCACAGCAGUAAACGAAGAGGAAAUGUCCCCAAGCGUGCAGGCCGCCUUCCGGGACUUGAAGCUGGAAAUCUCCACCCUCCGAGAGGAAAUGAAGGAGCACUUUUUCCAGAACCAGGUAGAUCGGAAGUACACGGCCAUGGCCACCCGUAGCCAGAUCUGGAUGGGAUCGUUCAACCUGUGGAGGGAAUCGCAGAAACAGCUGGAACGUAUCGACGAGGUGACGCAGACCGGGUUCGGUAUGCUGUUGACCAACGACGAGUUUACCCAGCAGUUUAUGCGCCUGCAACGGGAGAACGAGGAACUGAAACGGAGAAUCGCCGAAAUGGAGAAGCAGGGCGGUGCCAAGAAGUAGGUAGGUAUGUGUAGUUAAGGCUUUUUAUUUUGUAGAAUAUGAAGAAAAAACGCGUAACAAUUUAGAUGGUUAUUUUGAUUUCUGAAAAAUAUGAGAACGAAUCUAGAAAAAAAAUAUAGUUGCACAAUCCUAAGCUAGUGUUGGUACACGAAUGACACCAACCUAUGGAGAUUUCGGAUAAAAUGCAGAACGCAACAGCUCAUGUUGAUUAUUGAGCGAGCCGUUUAUUUUCUGGCAUACUGUCUUUAAUUGUUUAUUCUUCAUUUCAACUGACUAAUGUCUAAAGGUUAGCAUUAGUUGUUUUAAAACACGUUAUAUUAUAUUCUUUUUUUUUUGUUCAAAUUAAUAAUUUCAUGGUUACGCAUAAAACCUGUUAUAACACCAGAUUCAUUCUUUGCAUUUUUAUAUAGGUUUAAACUCUCACGGAUAUGCCUAUGGAGGUUAGAAGGGAAUUAGUAUCAAUGAAGAAUCAAAAUAACCUAUAUUUUUACUACACAAUCGUAGAAGUAGUGAACAUCAAAUCAAUACACUGAGAUUAAGUAGAAUACUUUUGCCAAAACAAAAAAAUGUGUCGAUUUCGUCGGCACAAUUUCGAUACCUAAAGCCUAUCAAACCGAAUUUAACACUAGUAAGUACAAUCGGCAGUAGCUUUCAGCCAAAAGUAGGGGGAGAAAAGCUGAAUAAAAAUACUGAUUAACGACUAAAAUGAUAACAUUUAAUAGCUAAUGAUUUUGCGCGUAAUAACUGAUGAUGAAUAAAUGAUGCGUGAAUUUAAAAAAAAUAUAUAUAUUCUUUUGACACAAUCUCUCUUACAAUCUACAUCACAACCAAUCGAUUUUGGGCCUGUUAUUCGUUUAAUAAGAUUUAGUUUUCCUACUAAUGUGCUGGAAUACAAAGUUGGGGAGACGGUUUAAAGGGGGUAAACUAGUAGUAAAAUACUGAAAACGUUACUAACUUCUUACUGUCAAUGGAUGGAGGGUGGGGGUGGGGUGAGAUUUGAACCUGUUUUGGUUUGUUUCCAAGUAAUCAAAAGUCUUGAAAGGAGUUUUUGAAGUUUUUGAAGAUGUCUGUGUGGAUUCGAUAAUUGGAGAAAGCUAGGAACCUUCACUCGAUGCUAAAACUUUUAAGCAGCUUCAUGUAAUAAUUCACGUUGCAUAAAUGGCUCCAGGCAUCAAUAUUUUGAUCAGUUUUAGGACUGGCUCCGUAACGUCUCAUUACAUUUGAGCCUUCAAACAGCGAUUCAAGUA